AUGCCAGAUCAACUUGUGGAACUUUAUAGAGGAAAUACUCCUGAAGCUAUCGAAUUUAGACAAUGUAUCAGGAGUUACAACAAUAUGUUUGCUUUUACAUCACUGGGAGUUCACUAUGACAAGGAUCUCAGUAAAAGAAACAGAGGCAUCUGCACAUUUCGAGUCCAAGGGCAAAUCUAUCAUUUUGUCAAUCUAUUAAAACCUUCUGAUGGCGAAAAGGCAUCAAAUCUCCAACUGUAUUUUCAUGAUACAGAACAUGAGAUGCAGAACAGAAUGGCUCUAUCUAGCAAAUUCAGAGACUCAAUUGUUCAACAGCUAAAAUCCAUUCUUGAUGAGAACCCUUAUUUUGUGUUUAUCCGGAGAUUAGCAGACAUUGAAGAUAUAGAUAAAUACAGAAUUUUCCUUAAAUCUGAUCCAGGAUUAGAUCAAUGUGUUUUCAAUGUUCCUUCAGUCUCUCAAGUGGCAGCAAUCUGGUCAGACAAUGAUAAUACCAAUGGAGACAGUCCAAGAGAAAUUGAAAUCUGCACAAAAGCAGGAGGCAAAAAAAUACUUAAGCAACAUUACGGUUGCUAUGACACAUUACAAUAUCCACUGAUAUUUGCUCGUGGAGAAACUGGAUGGCAUCCUGGAAUCCUUCGAAAGACAAAGGCUCAGAUUUACAACCAAUCUCAUCAGACCUGUGAAAGCGAAAAUCUGGUUUCUCUUCAUCAGUGUAAUGAUGUAGAACAAAUAUUUGAUGCAGAACAGACAGCUGCUAAGAAGAAAAAAAAGAAAAGACCAACAGUUUCAUGCCGAGAAUAUUAUGCUUACAAGUUUCAAAUGCGAGAUACAGAUCAAUCAUAUUUGCUGCAUAUCUGCCGUCUACUGCAACAAUAUUCUGUUGAUAGUUAUGUCAAACUGGAGACAUCAUGUCUUGAAUUUCACAUAAACAAGCAAAACAAAUUAAGGACAGAAGCAUAUCAAGGAUUACUCGAUAUCAUAGCAAAGGGCCACAUAAAUGCAUCAGAUGUAGGAAAACGUAUCAUUCUGCCGGCAAGUUUUAUAGGAGGACCAAGGGAUAUGAGACGGCGAUAUAUGGAUGGUAUGACCCUUGUCCAAUGUUAUGGAAAGCCAGAUAUUUUCCUUACAAUGACUAGUAAUUCUUCUUGGCCUGAAAUAAAGAACCAUCUUAAGGAACCAGAUGAGACUCAGAAUCGGCCAGACUUGAUUGCACGAGUAUUUCGUGCAAAAAUAGAACAAUUGAAGGAAGAUCUUUUCAAGAAGCAUCUUUUUGGUCAUGUUGCUGCUUAUACUUAUGUUAUUGAAUUUCAGAAAAGUGGUUUGCCGCAUGCUUAUUUCUUGAUCAUUUUAAAAGAGCAUUCAAAGGUGUUUUCACCAGAAGAGUAUGACAAGAUUGUCACCUUACUUAUAUUCUCUGGUUAUAAAAUAUAUGCUUCACGGACCAUGUGGACCAAUGAAUCCAAAAGACGAGAUGAUGGCAGCAGAGUGUACAUCAGAGAACAUGAGUUGGAAAAUCGAUGGAUUGUUCCUUAUAAUCCAUAUCUUCUUGCUAAAUAUGAUUGUCACAUCAAUGUGGAAAUAUGUUGUGCUAUUGAAGCUGUCAAAUGGGUAUGUGCUCCUGAAGCAAUGUGGAGAAAUUAUGCUUUCGAUCUCAGUGCUAUUAAUCCUUCAGUCAUUUUACUUCAUCUGCACCUCGAAAACUACCAGUCUAUGUCUUUUGAUGAGAAUCAGUCUUUAACAGAAGUGAAAGAUAUUAUCUCAGAAUAUUGCUCAUGCAUAUUCAAAAGCCUACGUUUCCUCCAAACAGACAAUGGAGUUGAAGAAUGCUUAUCAGAGGCUGUUAUCUAUGGAAUGCCGCAGUGUUUAAGACAGCUAUUUGCAGUAAUUUUAGUUCACUCUGCACCAUCUAAUCCACGGCAACUGUGGACAAAAUUUCAGCCAUUCUUAUUAGAAGACAUUGCAGUAGAUUCAUCCUUAACAGAGAAUGCAGUUAUCAUGAGAGUCCUUGGGUUAAUUGAUCAAUACUUACAGAUAAUGGGAAAGAGCAUAAAAGAUUUUGGCUUCUCAGACUUUAUUCCAGAUGUUCAAUUUAACAAUCCUGGAAAAGAAAUAGAAGCUGAAUUUGUAAUACCUGUCUCCAAAGAAGAUUUAGCAACAGUAUCUAUGUUGAAUGGUGGUCAGAAAUUUGCAUUUCAGAAAAUAAUGGAAGCAGUCAAUACAAAUACAUCAGCUGCAUUCUUCAUUGAUGGACUUGGCGGCACAGGGAAAUCCUUUCUCUAUAAAGGUCUCCUCGCAACAAUUAGAUCAAAAGGUCAGAUUGCAUUAGCAACCGCAGCAUCAGGAGCAGCUGCAUCGAUACUUCCAGGAUGA